AUGUCCGGCAGCGAGCCACGGAGUACGGAGUAUACCCCAAAGCCUUGGAUGAACCAGGGCGAUAUUCUAGCAAAGACAUGUCUCACCUACAGAUUUGAAGCAUCGUACAACACCCAACCCCAAACACAGUUCACCGGGGUUGAACACAGCCAAUACGAUGUUACGCAACCCAGCGAGGCCGUUCGUAAAUGCCAUCUAGCCUAA